UCCUCCCUCAAUCUCUCUCUCUGCCCUCAUCUACCACCACCACCGUCACCACUACACCACCGCCACCACCGUCACCACUGUACCACCGCCACCACCGUGCUCCCUUGGUUUUGACCUCUAAAAGAUCUCCCACCGGGCUCCUCACAAAACCAAAUCGACCUUCACCAAAACUCGUCAUUCUCCACCUUCUCAAUACACUCUGAUGAUUUCGGUGAUUUUGCUGCGACGCCACCAUCUGAGACUGCCAUUGCCGGUCACCGGACGACCAGACGCAGCAGGAAUCGUCACCGCCACGCACCGUUUGACACAGCUUCCAUUUCUUCUUUUCAUCUCACAGGUGUGUCAAUCUUAUUUUGGGGGUUUCGAUUUGGGGGUUUCGAUUCGGGGAUUGACGGUGACGAUGGUGGUGGUGGCGGAGCAGGGGUGGGAGGUGGUGGCAGAGUGGAGGUGGGCGGCGGAUGUGGAGGUGGUGGCAGAGGAGGUGGUGUCUGGAGGGAGAAGAGAAGAAGGUGAGAAGAGGUGAGCAGACCUUAGAAGACAUGGGUCAAUGUCUGUGCCAAGAAGAGGUCUCGCAGACCUUUUUUAAUGAAAGGUCUGCGAGAAAACAAACAAGCUGCAACACUCAAACGUCUGCGCGCGUCUGCGCGACACAGACAUAAGUGGCCAGAAGUGCUUCUGGCCAAAAAACAAACACCACCUUAAACAAUUCCCUUUUUUAAAAAAAAAAUUAAACUUCAUUAAAAACACAUCUGCGACCCAAAGAGACAAAAGGCCAUACAAGCAAACAAACCCUCGACCCAAACUGGCAAGGGGCUUAAACAAUUCUUAAUCGAGGUUUAAUUGGUGAGUGAUUGAAUUACAUAUUUAAGCGGAUGAAGAACCGGAAGGGUGUAGCAAUAUAUAUUUAUUUAAUGUGUAAACUUUGAAUUUGGAAAGUGAUAAUAUGCUUUCAAUGUAAUUCACCGAUAAUCUUUUUCAAAUCCAAAAAAGGCCUUUAGAUCACUCGUAUUCAACUUUGAUACUCGAAUACUGUAAUUAUUAUUUCGAACAUACUCAAGUACAACCCACUUUAACUUUAA